CAAAAUAACAAAGUUGACCUGGCAAAGAUCAGAUACUCAGGAAUGAACACAUGAAAGAUUUAUUUAGUGUUUACUACAUGCACAAUGCUGGGGAUACAGAUAAAAAAGUAACAUGGUCCCUGCUCACACGGAGCUUAUCACAGGUUCUCAAAGUGGGUGGUACCACCCCCUGGGGCGCUGGAACCAUCCUGGGGAGCAGUAGUAGUCUCAGGUGCAAUUUCAGGGUGCUGAAUAAAAAUAAGGGGGUGGCGGAAGCAUAAGGAAAGAAGAGAAGAAAAUUUUUUAAAACCGUUCAUACAGUAUGUGUUUAAUCUGUUGUGUUAACAGAGUUAAAGUCAUAGUGAUUACAUUAUUUUCCAAAUAAACACACAAAAUGCAAAAUCUCUAGUCUCCUCUUUUAACACAUGCUUUUUUUACACUAUCUUGAAGCUUCCUUACAUAUGUGCUGUCUUUGGUAUGCAUCCUCUUCCUCUCCCCACUCCCCUUCUCAUCCAUACCAAGCUUGUUCCCAUUUCCAAAGGAUAGCUGGGUCAAGUUUGGUUUAACCAACAAGUUAUUCUCAACAUUUGGGAUGAGGAAAAAACUUCAAGCUAAUCAUUUUUUUAAACUCCUUUUCUUUCUUCUUCAUUCUUCCCUUCAACCACUUCCCCAAACUGCACAGAAGACUGAAGUGACUGUGCUCCCGGCCUCACCUCCUCCCUCCCCCAACCUCCUCCCUCCCCCUGGGGGUGCCUUCUUCCCAGGGGACAGGAAGGCUAUGCCAGAAAACCAAACCAAAGUCCAUGGAGGGCAAAAGUUGGAUGAGGUUUUGAAUAUUUGGGAAAUGUUUUUUGUUGUUAUUUUAUCUAUUGUUUUUUAAACCAGGUAAUACUGUGUUCAUUUCAAGCUGUGAAUAAAAAUAUAGAUGGAUGUUUUCCAAUUUAAGAAAAUGAAGUAAUGAGAGUGGUAGAUGUGUGAGUGAAAGAGCUAAAUGUUGGAGAUGUUUUGUAGGCUGAGUCAACAAGACUUGGCCAAUGAUUGGAUAUUGGAGGAAAAGGAUAAUUUAAAAGCAUGACUCUCGAGAUUUCAAACCUGGGAACUAGGACAUGUUUACUUCACAGAAAUAGGGAUGUAAAGAAGAGGGAAGAAUAAAGGGAGUGGGGGCAGCUAGCUAUCUAAGUGGAUAAAGCACUGGUCCUGGGGUCAAGAGGACCUGAGUUCAAACGUGACCUCAGACACCUGACACUUGCUGUGUGAUCCUGGGUAAGAAAGAAGAAAAUAAAGGGAAUGUCUUACAUAUAAAAGGUAAACAGUUGGGAAGCAAGGAAGAAAUUACUAGGAAGAGUUCAUGAUUAAACCAGGAAUUGAGAGGAUCACAUAGGAAUAAAAUUGCCAAUUCUGAUUAUAUAAAAUUAAAAAGUUUUUGCACAAACAAAUCCAAAGUAGUAAAAAGUAGAGGGAAACUAUGAGAACAGCUUAUACAAUAACAUUUUAUAGAGAAAAGCCACUCUGAUCAACACAGCAACAAAUCACUAAUACAAAAUAAAGAUGAAACACCACUAUAUUUACCUCCUACCAGAGAAGUGAUGAACUUAAAAUGCAGAGAAAUACAUUUUAAGACUUGACCAGUGUGGAAAUUUGUUACCAUACAGCUAUAUAUUGAAGAUGUUGAUGUCUUUUAUUAAUUUUUUUAAUUGGAUUAAUUUGGAGGUAGGGAAGGAGGUUUGGGGAGGAACAGAUUAAUAAGAAGAAAAUAAGGAGUGAACUAGAUUUUAUCUAAGAUCUCUUUCCGCUCAGAGAUUUUGCCUUUCUAAAGCCACAAAAGUGACAACAGGCUAUCUACUAGAACUCAGGUGAAAUCUGAAUCCAGAUUACACUGUACUUCGGCACUUUGGGGAAACAAAUGAUAUGGUGGGGAUUCCUCCUUGGCUGCUCUAUUGUAUUUCAUUACUGUCUAGAGAAACUGGCCUCCCUGGAAGAUAAUUCUUAAACUCACACUUCUACAGCAGCCCCAGCCCCCGUAGCCCCUCCCUUCUUCUGAUCCGAGAGGGUGGAAGGUGGAUGUCACAAAGUUCCUCCCAGACACUCCAUUUAAGAAGUCGACACAGGGCAGCCAUCUUCUCAUUGCCCACUAGCUUUCUUUGUGCCCCUCCUCUGGGCACCGUCCCACUCCUCCCCCUUUCAGCUUCUUUUAUAUGUUGUCUUCUCCCCAUUAUUUUGUUAACUUCUUGAGGACAGGUACCAUAUUUCGACUUUUGAUAUUUUUGAUUUUUGACCCUCAGCACAUAACACAGUGCCUAACACAUAGUAGGUGCUUAAUGUUUAUUGACAGACUGAAUGGUAUGAUUGGUAUGGUGCAAGGCCCCCAAAUGAAAAAGAGAUUUUUUUUCCUGCACGAUGGUAAUGCUGAGGCUAAGUUUUCUACACAUUUAUUUUUUAGAUUUAAAAAGUGAACAGGUGAUUUGAUGGAGAUUCUCUGGUAGAGCCGAAAGGUGACCGUUUCUAGAAUCAAAUAAGUCUGGACAGAGACACCGGUAGAGUUGAGGUUUUCUCUACCGAUUUCCAAACAUCUAGUCCCUUUUGCUCCACCCCUUACAGACUCAAACUCUGGCUCCUCCUGCCUACUCUCCCCACCCGCAAGGUUUAGGCACAGAAGUUACUCAUCCCCAUGACAACAGCCACGCGCCCGCCCCCCGCCCCCCCGCGGUUACCAAUCAGCGGUCUCCCAGGUAACCCAGUUAACCCGUCCUCUCAGCCAGUCGAUCUGGACUAGCAAAGGCCUGACCCGGACCCCACCGGGUCCGCAGGCGACGGGAGGAUUCCUCCCCCUUCCCCAAUAAAGAACAUGGCUUCGGAGAACGCCGCUUCACUGCUUCAGGAUCUGGACCUGAGCGCCGAGGAGGUGAAGGAGCUCACCAACGCCUUCGAGGACCCGGAGUUCCGGCGGCUCUUCCGCGAGUACGCAGCGGAGCUGUCGGACCCAGAGAACCGAAGACGCUACGAAGAGGAGAUUACGGCGCUGGAGCGGGAGCGCGGCGUGGAGGUGCAGUUCGUGCACCCGGAGCCCGGCCAUGUGCUGCGCACCAGCCUCAAUGGGGCCCAGCGAUGUUUCGUCAACAUCUGCAGCAACCCGCUGCUAGGUCGGCCCAGUAGCCAGCCUGGCACCGGGGGCCCGCAGGGCUCCUCGCGAGGGCAGCUUUGGUCCCUGCCUUACAGCCUGGCUCCGGGCCGCGAGUACAUGGGCCGCCAGGGUGCCUGCUACAAGGUCUACGAUGUCAUCUUCCACCCGGACACGCUGUCGCUGGGCAAGCGCCACGAGCGGUUCCGAAGCAUGAUGGACUCCACGGCCCUGGAGGCGGUGGAGAAGCAGUUUGGCGUGAAGCUGGAUAAGCGCAAUGCGAAGACACUGAAGAUCAAAUACAAAGGCACACCGGAGGCUGCCGUGCUGCGAACGCCCCUCCCCGGGGGCCCCCGGCUGGAGCCCGAGGGGGAGGAGUCAACGGACAACCCUCUGCCCGCCUUCCCCUAUCCUUAUCCCUAUCCGGACGUUGCUAAGAAGCCUCCCGCCCCGCAGCCCCAGGGCUCCACGCCUUCCAGUGUGGAAGACCCGGCCCCCGCCGUGCCGCGUCACAGCCUAGUGCAACGACACCACGUGGACCUGCAGGACUACCGAUGCUCCCGAGACUCCUGCCCGAGUACCGUACCCCGGGAGCUGGUAGUUACCAUCGAGCUGCCCCUGCUGCGCUCCGCCGGACAAGCUGUCUUGGAGGUGACCGAGAAACAGCUGUUUCUUGACUCUCGCAAACCCGACUACAGUCUCCGCCUCCCGCUUCCUUACCCGGUAGUCGAGAGCCAAGGUAAUGCUCAGUUCAACAAGGCCAAGCGGCAGCUGGUCGUUACCUUGCCCGUAGUGCCUCCGACGCACAGCUUAGAGUACCUGGGGCCGCAGGAGGAGGAGGGGAAGGGGGAGAAAAAAGACAAGAAGGAAGAGACAGCAGAAGAGGAGAAAAGGAAAGAGGAGAAGGAGGAAAAGGAAGCAGAGGAAGAGGAGAAAAAGGAGAAAGAGGGAAAAGAGGAGGAGGAGGAGGAGGAGAAAAAGGUGGAGGGAGCUGGCCAGGUCUCUACUUCGGUAAACGGUCUAAUGAAGCAAGAAGGGGCGGAGGAGUUGGUGGAGCCUUUAACAUGCAAAGGCACGCCGGAAACGGAUGGUGCUUCAUCUGUUUAUACGUCAGAGGAGUUAGGAAGCCAGUUUGACAAGCUCUUACUGGAUACUAGGAUGUUUAAGGAUUGGAGCCAAGAAAUCCCUUCAGAUGCCCUCAUUCCUUUCCAGUCUCGGCCCGAGGAUUCCUGGGCUUUGGCUGGUGAAGAAAUGAUAGACCCUCAGGAGGGUACCACGAAGGACCAGACUACUGGGAUGGUGGCCAUUCCACCAGAUACUGCGGGGCUGUCUCUUGCUAUUAAAGCAAAUCCACAACUUUGCACUGGAGGAGAGAAUCCUUCUGAGACUCUGGCCUUGCCUCAGGGCAGUGAUGAAAUGCCACCCUCUGGGGCACUGAGCUUACCAGGGAAUGCAGGUGCACCAGGUACUUCUGGGCAGCCACUUAUUAGUAAAGCAAAUCUAUCAAAUGGCACUGGAGGAGAGGAGCCUGUCUUGUCUGGAGGAAGUCAUGAGGUACAGAGUACUCGGUACGCUGGGGCACCAAGCUUUCUGGAGAAUACAGGUUCACCAGGAGAACCCAAAGAGAAAACAACUAUUGGAAAUGAAAACCUUCCAGAAAAUAAGAAUAAAGCUCAACCUAAAGAAACAGUUAACAUUUCAGAGACUAAUAGGGGAAAACCCUUGUGCCCUCCUUUGCAGUGUAAUCAAGAUGAAGAAUCUCUUACUUUGUUAGUCCAAGUGCCUCAAGUCCAGCCACAAAGCCUUCAGAGUGAUUUGAGUCCCCAUCAGUACAAACUUUGCUUCUCCACACAAGAUUUUGUUUGUUAUUCAUUCAUUUUGCAGUUUUCUCCUGAAAAUAAGUUGAGCACCAAAGAACGGAAAAUCAAUAUUUCUUCGUUCAACAUAGUGAUAGAAUUGGCCAAAUCUCCAGAGAGCUAUGGGCGCUGGAGAAAGUGGUAUUUUGGUUUGAGCAACAACUGUUUGCAGGAAAGGUUUUUUUUCAUGGAAGAAAAUGUUGAUGAAUAUCUUGAAGGCGUCUUGAAUAUCAAUAAGUCAGCCGCCCAAACCCAGCCAUUAAUUGAAGUACUUGAAGUUAGUGAUAAGAGGACCCAAAUUCAGUUAAAGUCACAAGAAGUAGAUGGCCAAGGUCAGCUUCAUGAAAAGGAACAAAGAUUUAAUAUAAGCCAUCUGACUGAAAAAGAAAAUAUACUUCAAACAAAUAAAAAAAACAAUAACAAUACAACUGAUGUUGAAAAAAAACAUACAAAAGGGAACACCCAACUUCCUGAUUCUUAUACAGCGGAUAGAGCACUAAAAAAGAACUGUUGUGGGUCAGCUCCCUGCCUGCAACAUGAACCUCCUACUGCUUCUACAGAGGUUAUUGGAAAAUCUCAACAAUCUGACUCAGUGUCCAGACUGGUUUUCACAAAAGAAAAGAUUGCUGUUUAUUCAAAUAAUGAAACACAAAAUAUAAAACAACCAGCAUUGAUAGAAGAGAAAGAACUGGAUGAGGAUCACAUACUUCAAAGCAUAAAAGAAACCAAUAUGAAGGAUGGAAGUGUACAGAUUAUUAAAGAACAUGUGACUAAUUGUGCAUUCACUUUUCAGAAUUCUUUGUUAUAUGACUUGGAUUAAUUUGGAGACUUUAUCAGAUUCAAGUCAAACUCAAAUUACAUUUAAUUAAAGACCUUAGAUUUAAAAGAGAUGGUUUUCCUGUAACAGCUUAUGUCCAAAUUCACAUCAAAUUCAGGGUCUGGCAGAAACCAGUAAAUAAUAAAUCAUUAUCUGAUUACUUUCAGAGGUAAAAUUUUAAACUAAUUAUAUAGCUGAGCAGUUUGAACCUUUAGCUACAUUAUAUCAGUUUUUCAAUUAAUAUUUUACAAAUACUGAUAAACAUGAAGGAAAUGGAUUUACCAAUUCCCCUAACUUUUUUUCUAAAUUAUUAUGAGCGCUCUGAAUUUUAAAAGUAAAGUUUUUAACACCAUAUAAUUUUUCCUUUAAUUGUACCUGUUGUUGACCAUUAUUUUGUCUUGAAAUAUUCAUAAAAUUGGAAUGUUUGUUCCUCAUUAUUCUCAGGAGGGUAGGCAUCAACUAGCAAUACACAGGGUAGAUUGCUGAAACUGUGAUAAAUGUUUUAAACUGGAUUUCAUCUAAUUACUCUAGACUUGCAUACACUCAAGAAUUUGCUGUUCUAGAAGUUCAGAAAGGAUAAAAAGAACCCCUUUGACAAUCACUAAAGCACUAAACAAUUAAGAUACAUUUCUAGAACAAAAUAGUAUUCAGUAUUCUUGCUUCAGCUCUAAAAUAUUUGUUCUUUGUCUUACCAUACCUAAUAGGAGAUUAGAGUUUUCCUAAUUAACAAUUACUUCAGGAAUUCAUCAGCGUUUCCUAGAAUGUAUUACUGAAAUGUGUCUUUUGGCUUCAUAUAACAGUAACUUUUUUGAAGAAAAAAAUCUUAAAAAUUGGAUAGGAAAAAUUUUCUGUGCUAUAUCCCAGAGAACAAAGCUACCUACCUUGAGUAAUUCUAAAAAACUCAUUUUGCAUCUUCCUAUUUAAUAAAGUAAAUUUUGCAUGCUUCCUGGAAUAGGAGAAAAAGCCAGAAAUGAAGAGUAUGAAAUCCCCUGCAAUUAGUCAAAAGGGCAAGUAAAACUUUCAUCGAACAGUAAGUAGUUCACAUGAGUCUCAGCAUGGGACCCUUUCCUAAUAAAAAAUGGAACAACAUAAGUUAGAAAGGAAAGUAUUUGCUAGCUAACCCCAAGUCCAGAGAUGAGUUGACUUUUUGGACUACACUUACUGAGUAGCUGAAAAACCCACAAAACUGAUCUGGGCUACUCAAAACUUUUUGGAGUAAGAAUUCUAGGACAGAUGUGCAAGAGCUGGCAAACCAGAACUGGUGUGAUCUCUAGGGCUGAUGAGGUAUGGGAUGAUGGGCAAAACGCCACAUAAAAAAUUUUCUCCUCAGCUGAAUGGAAUGUGACAAGACUGAAAAUCCAUGUAAUUUAUUCUUACUGAAUUUGCUAGCAUUUUCUUUGUAAAGAUU